AUGUCAUUCUUAUCUGGAUUAUUCGGAGGAUCAACCCAACCACAAGAGGUGGAACCAUCAGCUUCCAAUGAACUAUUCAGUUCUACAACAUUCCGAUCUACCGUCACACCUUCUUCAUCCGAUGCAUCUUCAUCCACUCUACCUCAACCACCAAAUCAACAACAACACACACCGGUGACUGUCGCCCCAACAGCUCUAGAUGCAUUUGGAACAGCCUUUGAUCCCGCCAGAUUACAUCCUUUAGCUGGAUUAGGAGAGAAUCUGGAUUUCUUGCAAUUGGAAGAAGAUAAAUUGAAUGAAAUCGAGGGUUCCGCUUCUGUUUUACCUUCAAGAGGAUGGACAGAUGAUCUGUGUGUUGGAACGGGUACCACAUAUCUUUCAGGCUUGCUUAUAGGUGGAAUGUGGGGUGCGAAAGAAGGUUUAGGCAGACCAUUAGGUAACAACCCUUCGAUGAAGUUAAGGAUCAACAGUAUCUUGAAUGGAUGUACGAGAAGAGGUAGUUUCACAGGUAAUUCAUUGGGUGUAUUGGCCAUCUUCUAUAACAUUGCCAACUCAUCUUUGGAUAGUUUGAGGGGAAAACACGAUGCCGCCAAUUCGAUGGGAGCGGCUGCUUUGAGUGGAGCAAUCUUCAAAUCUACAGCUGGUGUUAGACCCGCUUUGGUCGGUGCAGGAAUCAUGACAGCUGCCGCAGGUGGAUGGUCCGCGUUCAAGAACAGAGUAUAA